GCAUGGGGAUACAAACACUUGCUGAGUUCUCAUCACUCUCUACGUACAUGCUUCAUCAAGCAACCAAACUCCCAGAGGAAACUCCAGACUACAUGGUGAAGAAUGGCUAUCUAGAGGAAAGAAUGAAGGUACGGAGAGGGGGGCGGAGAUUCAGGAAGAGUCGCUUCAUAUCGGACUCGUCCCGGAGGCGUCCAGGACAACAAAUGGCAGUGAACCGGCAACGAGGGAGAGUGUGAAACCUGGUUUCUUUUUUUUAUUUUAUUUUAUCAGAGUAUACUAGGGCUACAGUUUGAGCGGUCUCCAUGUAGGUUAGCGAGGGCAACGAGCGCUCUUUACCCUCACACUCUUUUUUUUACGUUUUCUCCAUCAGACGGAAGGAUGCGAGAGUCCUGUUGACACCACGGAGCGAUACACGCUGAGACCGACUAUGGCUGUGGACGCGGCGUCCAGCUUCAGUUUUUGCCGUGCCUCCCUGGAGCACACGCUGUCUGCUGAAGAGCUGAGCUACCAGCUGCCGCGUCGCGCCGGAGGCAGCAACCUGACCUGGCACGAUGGCCGCGGCCAGAACACAGCACACACUCGCACCGUCAAACUCCUGCAGCAGCCUGGCACAGAGGGCAUCCAGUUGCGUCCAGGCGAGGCCUUCACUGUGUAUCACACCAGUCCUACUCUGUCCAGCCUGUCCAAACCCGUGGUGCUGUGGACUCAGCAGGAUGUCUGCAAGUGGCUUAAGAAACACUGUCCUCACAACUACCUGACCUACGUAGAGGCCUUCUCCCAUCACGCCAUCACAGGACGGGCGUUGCUGCGUUUGAAUGGGGAGAAGCUCGAGAGGAUGGGAAUCAUCCAGGAGACGCUGAGGCAGGAGGUCCUCCAACAAGUCCUCCAGCUACAGGUCAGGGAAGAGGUCCGCAACCUGCAGCUCCUGAGUAGAACCUCCUUUGGAAACUUCUCUUAGCUCAUCCCUGGAUCCAUUUGGCAGCCCUCUCCCUCAUCCCCUGUCACAAUACAUCUCUAGGAGCCACAGAAGAGCUGCCGUCUUCAGAUAUGCGAGCGGAGAAUCGGCGAGUGAAAAGGGGACGGGGACGAGCCAGAAGACUGCAUGCCAACACAGUCUGGAGGAUUCUCAUUCAACACGGCCAAUGUGGUUUACAGACACUGAGACAGAGACAAAGCCCAGCUCAAGGCAGGGGUGCCCGCUGUAGCAUAGUGAUGAGAUGUAAGAUUCACAACACGGUCAUGAUGUAGGCUUGUCGCUGGUGAAUGCUUGAUCGCAGAAAUGCUCUGUUUGGUUUUCUAUUUCAUUCAGAUCAGAAUGACUGGGGCAACACUUGGGUUAACUUUGAACAUUCUACACAUGUGCACAAACAGCUUUUUACAGUUUUCUCUCUUAUCACAUCUUCUGGUGAGGAUAGGACACUCUUACAUUGUUUUAUUUUAUUUGGUGUUAAAAUGUAGCGCCAUUAUUUGGCAACUUCUAAUUUAAUCUAAUUUGAAGGAAACACUCCCUCAAUUCCCAUCUUCCCAUGAAGCUACAAUCCUUUACACUAGGAACAAGGUCUGGUAAUGUAUUCCUUUAGUUGUGGCCAAAAACAAUCCUAAUCACUUCCUGGCCCACAGCUCACCCUUCAUAUUCCUCUCAGGCCUUUUUUUUUUUUUUUAAUUGUGUGGGUUUUGAGGAAAAGCAUUUGAAGCAGAAUGUCACCCAAACAAUCAGUGUUUUUUUUAUAUGUGACUGAUCUUCAGUAAGAAGUUAGAUGAACACAUAUUCAGUAUGAGCGUUGUAGAACACUAUAACUCUGUAUAUGCUGUUACAGUACCUUAGUCUUUUAUCAAUGGAGGGAAUCUAGAAAGUAUAAAGUUAAAGGGAUCAUCUGUAGAGCAAUGAUUUAAAUGGUAAAAGUAAGAGAGAAGUUAUUGUAUGGGACAAUAAUCAAAUCCCCUUUUCUUUUCUUUUUUAGAUGGCUGACAAUAUCUGCUAGCCUCGUAGCUUUUCUCCUCUGUGUGUGCUACUGUCAUAUACUGUCAUGUUUUGCACACAAAUCCUGAGAAAAAGGACAAGCUUCUGUUGUAUUCUUCUCACUCUAUCCUUGGUGUGACUGUGAUUUCAAACGCUCAGAAAUCAAGAUACCAUGACGAUUACUGUCAUCCAAGAUUUCUUAUGCGACUGAAGUGAUAUCCCUCGAGCUUUGCUUAAAGCUUUACAGUAACCGUGUUAAAGUGAACAAUGAAUACAUUACAUGUAUGGAUAAAACGUCCUGCAAACAAAACAUUCUCCUACUCCUCUUCUGACAAAGACUGAGUGAGUCACAUAAGUAAUUGACUGUUAAAAGGGAGGAAACACUCUGUUUUAUUAUUUUUGGAUUUUCAGAUUUACUGUAAAUAUACACUUUGGGUUGAAAGACUGUUUAAAUCUAAUCAAGCAUCAAUGAAACAUAUUUAUCUGCUUUACAUGUGUGAAGACACACAGUAUGGUACAUGUUGAAAGUUGUCUUUUUAGAAUAAACUCAUUGAAAGUGUU